GUGUCGUUUUUGAGCCAUUAUGGCACUGCUGUCGCCACGCCCUACACAUUUGUUUCGCCUUCACUACCUUAUUAUUCCCGAUGACGCUAGCUACAGCAAGCAGUCGACAACUUAGAAGAUUUCGCCACUGGGACGUUAAAGAAGAAGGAUUAACAAGGACAGUGUUUGGCGCAAAAGGGAACCGCUCACGAACAUUUGUUUUAACCAGAAGAGAGAUUCUCACAUUUUAAGGAUUAUUUGGGGAACGGUCAGUUUCGGUUAUGAACAAACUAGUCUAUACAAUUACCUAACUAGCUUUGCCAGUCCGGAAGGUAAACCAAACAUUGCAUUGGUUUGCCUGGCAGUAGCUAGCUCCAGUUACCGAGCAAACAAGUUUGCUUGUUUGAGAAUUCAGCAUAAAUCUCUAAAUGGUAAACCAAUAGACUUUUGUGGAAUGGAUGAUCAUAAGCGUAGGGAAAUGACGGAGCAACGAAGACUGCUCCAACAGGACAUAUGUUAAUUAUCUAGCCCAACUAGCCCUUGGCUGGCUAAUUGCUGGGACCGAACUUAUUUUUGCCGACUAAAUUCAGUACUGUAUGUUUGCCAUAGAGCUUGGAUGUAACGUUACAGCCAGUCACCGGGAAGUCCGUGAACAUACCUGCCCUGCAACUUUUUUUGCGGGGAGAUGAUGACAAAUUCUGGCGUAAAUGAUAAGACCACGGAAGCUAUAAGUUACUACCUCGCUAACUAUCACGCGUAGCUAGCUACAAAGAAAACAUUUUGGUCGGUGGUAUGCUUUGGUUAGAUAAUUAGCUAACCUGUACAUCCGAACCUACAAACACUGUUUAAUAAAGUUUACUUUCAUAUCUUCUGGCUACGUAUAGAUAACUUUGAUUAGACUGAGUUUUGACGUUAACACGUUCCUUGGUUCAGAACUAAACUGGGGGCUAGGGAGUAGGCUACUCUGUUUCCCUAGUAUCCUGUGAAUUUGGGCACUGCGACUCAAAUUGUUAACGUUAAAUUGAGCUCAAUUAGAGGCAUCCUCCAGACUUCCUCGGCGUCGGAGUUAAUAAUUUCAUUGUGCAUGCCUGCACCGCUAUGGAUGCCCACUGCAACCUCAAACUACAGUCAUGAUAUUGAGCAGGAAAGCAGAAGGUCCCAUCACAACAGUGAGAAAUGGCGACUUUCAUUAUGAGUCAUAUGGGCGCGCGGACCACACAGCCAAUGAGGAGACCGUCAUGAAUGGUCACAGCCCCGCAGUACUGCCCCCGCUGCUCAAACACACAGUCGGGAACAAGCCCGCGACGAAGGACCACCCGGUGGCGCUGCGGGCGGUGCCGCCGCGGGUGAAGCAGGCGAGCGAGGACUCCUCCACCCGCCGGGCCAACGCCGUGCUGCUCCACCACGGCCGGAGCAGCAGCAGCGGGGGCAGCCAGGGCCAGAGCAAGACCCUGCCGGCCCUGGCCAAGGACCGGAGCGCCGACAGCAGCGGCUCCGCCAAGUCCGCCGACAGCGGCAGCGGCGCCGCCCGGCCCGUUAGGCCGCCGCCCCUGACGCCGGAGCAGGCCCUCAAGCAGCACCGCCACCAGCUGACGGCCGCCGAGCAGCAGGAGAUCCUGGGCUACCCGGAGGUCUACUUCCUGGGGCCCAACGCCAAGAAGAGGCCGGCCGCGGCGGCCGGCGGCAGCGCCAACAACGGCGGCUUCGACGACGACCAGGGCGGCUACAUCCACGUGCCGCACGACCACCUGGCCUACCGCUACGAGUUCCUCAAGGUGAUCGGCAAGGGCAGCUUCGGCCAGGUGGCCAAGGUGUACGACCACAAGACGCGGCAGCACCUGGCGCUGAAGAUGGUGCGCAACGAGAAGCGCUUCCACCGGCAGGCGGCCGAGGAGGUGCGCAUCCUGGAGCACCUGCGCAAGCAGGACAAGACGGGCGCCAUGAACGUGGUGCACAUGCUGGAGAGCUUCACCUUCCGCGGGCACAUCUGCAUGACCUUCGAGCUGCUCAGCAUGAACCUCUACGAGCUCAUCAAGCGCAACAAGUUCCAGGGCUUCAGCCUGCCGCUGGUGCGCAAGUUCGCCCUGUCCAUCCUGCAGUGCCUGGAGGGCCUGCAGCGCAGCAAGGUGAUCCACUGCGACCUGAAGCCCGAGAACAUCCUGCUCAAGCAGCAGGGCCGCAGCGGCAUCAAGGUCAUCGACUUGGGCUCCAGCUGCUUCGAGCACCAGCGCGUCUACACCUACAUCCAGUCCCGCUUCUACCGCGCGCCCGAGGUCAUCCUGGGCGCCCGCUACGGCAUGCCCAUCGACAUGUGGAGCCUGGGCUGCAUCCUGGCCGAGCUGCUGACGGGCUACCCGCUCUUCCCCGGGGAGGACGAGGGCGACCAGCUGGCCUGCAUGAUGGAGGUCCUGGGCAUGCCUCCGCAGAAGCUGCUGGAGCAGUCCAAGCGGGCCAAGAACUUCUUCAGCUCCAAGGGGCACCCGCGCUACUGCACGGCCAGCACGCUGCCCAGCGGCGCCGUGGUGCUGACGGCCGGGCGCUCGCGCCGCGGGAAGGUCCGCGGCCCACCGGGCAGCAAGGAGUGGGCGUCGGCCCUGAAGGGCUGCGAGGACGCCGCCUUCCUGGACUUCCUGCGGAAGUGCCUGGAGUGGGACCCCUCGGUGCGCAUGGUCCCCAGCGGGGCCCUGCGCCACCCCUGGCUCUGCCGCCGCGCCGCCAAGCCCGCGCCCGUCCACGCGCCCGCCCCCGCCGAGAAGUCCCAGCUGCCCAGGCGGGCCGCUGAGCACAGUACCUCCUUCCCCGGCAUUAUCGCCAAACUGCCGCCAACCAUAGGCACCGCCAACGGCAAACUCAGGACCAACAUGAUGGGGGACCCUGGCGUCGGAAUACCUCUACGCGCCGUGCUUCCUAAACUGGUCACCUAGCAACCCAACCCUCAGGCUCACUGACCAAACAUUCGUAUAUCUUGUAGGUUUUUGGAUUAUAGAAGUUGCAGUUAUAAUGUGGAAAAAAAAUAGGUUUUUAAGAGAAGUCAUGCAGUUUUUAUUUAAGUUUUUAAGACUUUGAAAAAAUUGUUAUCUGUUUUUUAACAGCUUGUUUUUGUCUGAAUUGUAAUAGUAGAAGUGACAUUGCGGAGACUGGAGUCCAUGUUUUCUGUGCAGUCGUCCCUUUGCUGAGGUUUUUACUGUCCAUGCCCAGUGUUUUUAUGCUGAAGCACACACGAAGGAAUGUUUGGUGUCACAACAGACAUUCCACACCAAAAAAGAAGAGACUUCCAUCCUUAUGUUCCUUGAAUUUUAAGAGCUGUGAUUGUUUUUUUUACUUAAAAGGGCUAUUACAUAGGUUGUGGUUAUUAGCAGAAAUAAUGUAAACACCUUGGGUGGAGGAAGUAGUUUUUUAAAGUGGAAAUUGAUUUUCUGAGCCAGUUCUACAGCCAGCCUUCACUAGAGAUAUGAAGUGUUGGAAUGAGCUUUAUGGCUGGACUGUGCUCAGACUUAUGCAUAUGCAGCAGAGGAGGGGGGAGGGUAUCUGUGUCCUGUGAUUAUGAUUGAAUGGGAUUUACACCAUCACUGAGCAAUAAACCCUCUCCCUCACAUCUUA